CAGCGAUCUAUUUCUGGAUACCAGCGGGUAGCUAGGCAGCCCUAUAAUGAGACGGCAGCUGUUGUGUCGGUCGCGUAGGGCUUGCGCCCUCUGCAUGCAACCACUCAACUCAUACAACGUAUAAGGUAGCCUCGCUUGCCCGAUACGGCAUCUCCCGAUGGCAUCGAUGGCCGCCGUUUUUGAGCAUCGGAACGGGAAAGCAGGCAAGAAGCCAGAUGUGAGUGAGAGCUGACUAGUGGGCAGUUAGCCUUGCCGUCACGCUGCGUGCGCGCGGUUAUUCAGGUAUCUAUCUAUGGCUCGCGCGAUAACGGCAAGAAGCCAGGCAGAAACAACACGAGGAUAAUCUGGUAAGUGCCCAACGUGAGGGGUGAUGAUGACGUUACAUGCCACCGUCACCAGUUUCUGCAGCUUCCGCAAAUUGCGGUGAGUGACUACAGAUUUAAGAGAUAGAGUUGGUACAGCGGGAAGACGCGGAAUUAAGGACGCCUGGCAUGGCAGCCCAGGUAUUCUAUUCCGAACCGCCCGCGGUCAAGGUCAGCACCAUCAAUUCAUCAUCAAUGCGCGUUGGCAGCCAGCUAUUUUGCGGUUGUCUCAAUUGCUUGCUGCAAGGAGCGGGCGGUCCCGAACCUGAUUGCAGCGUUGUCGGCGACUUUGUCGGGCACGUAUCGCCGGUGUCGGUGCCGUCAGGUGCGAAAAAAAAACCUGAAAAGGGGGAGCAAGCAGGUUUUUCCCUGGUUUGUUGGCGCCUGCAACCAGUCAUGCGUCAAGGUUGCGCUGCGACAGGUUUGCGCGUUGGUGAUAAGUCAAUUGUGAGCAAAGCCAAUCCAUCAAAGGGAGAGAUACGCCGGCAAGCAGCCGACGGGAGUCAGGGGAGAGACAAGCAACAACGGCGUCUGCGAGAGCGCCUGUUCGUUUUCCGUCUCCCCCACAACCAACUGCCACCCUCAAUGUCCAUGUUGAGAAGGGUCGCUGAGUGGUGUCUUUUGCAGUUUGCAGGUUGCCAUUUCAAGCGGUGAGGCGUAGAUGCGGCAGCUUUGUAUGUUGAUUGCGUAUCGAAAUCGGUAGCAGGGAGGGGCUGUCUGUGAUUUUCCGGGGAAAGCAGACCGGGAAGUUUGGGACCAGGUUGGGAUCCUUGACUUCGCCAAGGCGGCGGAUUGGGAGCCGGAUCGAGGUUCAAACGGUCCCAUCUUUUCGUUUUCCCCAGGAAACGGUUGCCUGGGCCGUUAUUCCAAAACGCUGGCUCUCUCCCAUGUAAACCCGGGGCGCUGGCCCAGAACGCUCAGGGUCCGAUGAGGCCUUCCCCAGCUCAGCCAGCCCCGGUGAGGGAUCGAAUGAGUCGCCCACGUAUUGGUGUCCUCGUGUCCCAGAAGUCUGGGGGCGGCGGCUCGAUGGGUCGUCGCUCGUCUUGUCCUACCCAAUCCCGAAUUACA